AUGGCAGCCGGGGACAGCGCAUGCCAGUCCUGCGAAAUCCGCUCCAGGUCUGGCCAGAGGUUCCACCUGUGGCGCUUUGCAAGCAUUUUUGCCAUGGGCUGCAGUGUGGGCCUCUUCCUGCACUACCCGUACCUCUGGCUGGACCGACUGCUCCCUGCCCCAGGCCUCCGCAGCCUUCCAACCGUCCUCAGAAAGGUCCUCGUGGGCCCGCGGGUGGCCUCAUCCUUGUUAGGUGUGUGGUACUUCCUGGGUCUUGGCUGGCUGGAGGGCCAGACGCUGGAUGAGAGCCACCAGGAGCUUCGUGACAAGUUCUGGGAAUUCUACAAGGCCGACUGGUGCGCUUGGCCCCCUGCCCACCUGGUGAACUUCCUCUUCAUAUCCUCCCAGUUCCGGGUCAUCUACAUCAAUGGCAGUACCCUCGGCUGGGGCACUUAA